CUACUUUAACGUCAUUAAUAAAGCCGGCAUAUGAUCGCUAAAUUUUAUGAAAGCAAAUUCCGUUUUUUCGCAAUCGAAGGCACACGUUAAUUCUCUUUCUGUGCAGAGGAGCACAUUUUUGUGGCUUCCUUAGUAUCGGGGUGAUCAUUUAUAAAAAGUGAUAAAUUUUGUUACGCCGUAGAGCUCAACACUAUUCGUGUCCUUCGCGGUCGUAUCUCUAAUUGCCCGUGUAUUUUUUGGCUAAAAAGCUUAAUGCCCUUGACGAGAUUGUUGAAUUUUAAUAGGUGCGUUAAAUUGAUCAAAUUGACAAUAUUUAGAAAGCGAUUUUUGAACUUCAGCAACAGCAGAUAUAAAUCCGAUUUAACUUCUAAGCAGAAGAUGACGGUUGACUUAAAGUUUAAUGCAAAGCUAACGCAGGCAGAUCCCCAUUUUAAGCCGGUUUUGAUUAUUGGUCAAUUGCGCCAUUUGAAUAUAUUGAAGUUUAGUGAUAUAAAAUUAAAAUUAGAACCUCGUGUUACAGAAGAAACGUUUACAAAGGCAGUCGCUUGUUUGCAUCCAUCGCCUACAGAUAAAAUUUCCCUAUACCUGGAUGUCGCAAGUCUUGCCGCUGUUCCGCUGAAGUGUUCAAGACACAACACUCCUUCGCGGGCUCAUGCUAUUACUCGCCUAGUGAAGAACAAUACUUUGAAUGUGAACGAAGAAAAUGUUGUAAUCGUUUGCGAGCGAUCGGACCUUUUUGCUAGCGCUUGCGCGGUGGUACGAGCUUUUCCUCUUUAUUCCCGCAAAACUGCAAAUAAUCCAAAUGCGAGAGUCACUAACAGUGACACGGACAUCAAAAAUGCGAAUGAUAACUUUGGGAAAACACUUGUAAAUGUUGAAUUCAUUGUUGUUGAAAAGAACGGCACAAUUGCUCGGAAUGAAUUGGAUGCAGUUGACUUGAAAUGUUUGCAGGAAGUUGAAAAAGCUAUACGCCUAACAGCUCGGAUCAUUGAUACACCCUGUAAUGAAAUGAAUGUUGACAAUUUCGUGGAGGAAAUAAAACGCAUCGCGAGAGAAUUAAAUUGCGAAUCAACCAUUAUACGGGGUGAACAAUUACGCGAACGUGGCUUUGGUGGUAUAUACGGUGUAGGCAAGGGGGCUGCUGUACCCCCAGCACUAGUACUUUUGUCGCAUGAACCGAAAGGUGCGCAGGAAACAAUUGCUCUUGUCGGCAAAGGUAUUGUUUACGACACUGGUGGCCUCAGUAUUAAAGGUAAAACAGCUAUGCCCGGCAUGAAACGUGACUGCGGUGGUGCCGCUGCUAUAUUGGGCGCUUUUUAUGCCGCUGUAAAAUGUGAUUUCAAACAAAAUUUACAUGCUAUCUUUUGUUUAGCUGAAAAUUCAGUUGGUCCACUUGCAACGCGACCCGAUGACAUACAUACAUUGUACUCGGGACGCACUGUUGAAAUUAACAAUACGGAUGCCGAAGGACGUUUAGUUCUGGCUGAUGGUGUUUGCUACGCUCAAAAAGACCUCAAAGCAAACAUAAUUUUGGACAUGGCAACGUUAACUGGUGCUCAGGCUAUUGCCACCGGCAAAUACCACGGCGCCAUAUUGACAAAUUCAGAGGAAUGGGAAGUUAAGUCACUUGAAGCUGGUCGCAAAUCUGGAGAUUUAUUGGCACCAAUAAUUUAUUGCCCCGAAUUGCAUUUCCCUGAGUUUGCAUCAGCGAUUGCUGAUAUGAAGAAUUCAGUUGCGGAUCGAAAUAACGCUCAAUCUUCGUGCGCCGGGUUGUUUGUGGGCGCUCAUCUUGGGUUUGACUAUCCUGGCAUUUGGAUACACGUCGAUAUGGCUGCGCCAGUUCAUUUUGGUGAACGGGCAACUGGCUAUGGUGUUGCUUUGUUGCUUACCCUAUUUGGCAAUCACACCAAUUGUUCAAUGUUGCAGGAGAUAGCUAGCAAUGAUUCAGAACCACCCACGAAACGCGUCUGCCGUGACUGAUAAUGGAUCUACGCAAGCGAAUGAAGUACGAAGCGGAAUUAAUACGAAGAUAUCACUGCCUUGUCACUUUUACUUAUUAUUAAUGCUUUUUUUAUUUUUCUUUGAAUUCACUUUCUAUUAUAUAUGUUACAUAUGUUAUUGCGAUCGAGUAAGCUUAAGCAUUGAUUAUGUAAGCGCCUUGUUGAAAUUUUUUCCCAUUUAUCUUACGUUUCAAUUAA